AUGCAAGAUUAUAGAAAGCGAGGAAGAAAGCCUCGGGAAGGAGAGAAAAUGGACCGAAUGGAUGUUGUUUGUUUUAAAUGCCCGUACAUUGCAUGCGGCCUACAAUACCAAUCCAGUCUUGGAUACAAAAGACACUUAAUGUAUUAUAAGCAUUCAAUUUUCACUCCGUCAAGUAAAAAAAUAGUCUGUGGGUAUAUGGACUGCACAGCAACGGAAAAUCUGAGGGAUCAUAUUACGCGCGAGCACAUGGCAGAUGCAGUGGAUCUUCUUGAGGCGUACGACAUAAUGAUAAAAGUAGGGGAGGAGACUGAAGAAGUAAGCACUGCCGGACUAAUUGGGGAUAUAGUGCACGAUGAGGGUCUUUUAGACAUAUCUAAAGUUAUUGCAGAAGGUGGCAUAUUAAAGGACAUUCUUCUGUCUAUUUUCCCAAAGGGUGUGACUCUCAUUAUAGACCCAGAGACAUUUACAGAGAGCAACCAAAUAUUCUAUUGCAGGAUUCCCGGGUGUGGCCGGCAGUUCAAGAGUUUAAUGGCGUACAAGUACCACUGCGGGAAGUUUACGCAUUUUUUCAAGUCAAUAAUAGACGACUACGUUGAAAAGCAUGGUCCUCUUGACUAUGAGGAGGUGAAGAGUAUUUUCAAGAAAAAGUUCAAUUUAGAGAACAGAUUCUUAUUGGAGGGUAUAUCCCACCAUCUCAUGCGCAUGCCAGACCAGCACUACAACUUCAUUUUCACAUUCGAUGACUCCCAGCUGGGCCACGAAAAAAGAAGAAUAAAGAAGAGGGGGGCUGACUCAAUUUCUGAAUACAGCAUAGGCUCUGAGGACAGGCAUGAGUACGACGAAGAUGAUGUAAAGCGGGUUAAGGAAGACGAGGCGCACGAUGCAUCGCGGUUUAAAAUAGACUCGAUUGUUUUCAAUGGCCGGCAAUUACCGCACAUGCAAAGCUACGAGCAGGGCAGAGUUGCCUUCCUUAACUUAUACUUAGAGUCUACUCUUCUGGCGGUGGUAGAUGAUCACGUGAUAGUUGGGACUAAAGGAGAGGCAGAUGAGGAAGAUGAGCAGCAAGAGUCUGGGAAACCCCAAAAUAUAUUCUUGUUCUCCACCGGAAAUGCCAUGUUCUUUGUCUUAAACAGAAACAAAAUACUCUCAGAGAUAACUUUUGAGGGGUACGGAUUCCCCAGGAAACUUCUCCCAUACACAGAGAAGACAGUUCUUGUGCUGUUCAAUGACGGUGUGCUCAGAGAACUUAUUUUCACAGAGGAGAAGAAACUGGAAAUAUCCAAGGAAAUUAAGACAAAAGCACAAGUGGUCAGUUUCGCACUAUUCAAUGGAGAAAUAAUCGUAUGCAGUCAUAGAGUGCUAAUUAAUCUCGCGAAUAAAAAAGAAAAGCCAUUUGAGUCUCCAAUUAUCUCACUGGAAACCACAGACACGUCUAUUAUUGUGGUAGACUCAAACGGAAGGACGUACUGUAUUAAUGAAAACUUUGAAGAAAUAUGUGCAGUCCCCUCUAAAGUAGGAACAAACGUAGUAUCCGGCUUAGAAGGAGAACCAGACACAUUCUUCAUAAGUAACUCACUCUACGGCCUGGGAAGAAUAUACUGUGCAUCUUCUAAUAGUACGCUACUAACAUCACCACACGCAUGUUCACACGCAAUUCUUAUAAAGCCCGGAUUUAUUGUCUCUUCCGGACUGGACGGAUCCCUGUGCGUAUCUGCGUACAGAACAGACCCAAAGGUGUACAUGAAAGUGCUCAGAACAGAAAUAAGGAAUGACGAAUUAUUCAUAGCCACCUCAGAAGAAGAGCAUGCAUUAGUGGAAAAUGUCCAGCCAAUUCCACCAAAUGAUUACAGAGUCACAAUCCAAGGAAUUGUAAAGCACAGAACAAAUUUAGUGGCAGUCCUAGCCUGUGGCAUGGUAAUAAUUAUAGAUAACUUUUUCAGAGAGUAG